UAAUAAAGCUCAAAAUCAGUAUUUUAAAAGCCCAAAUAGCUAAAUCCAAAACCAGAGAAUUCCAGAAAACCCUACAAAUUUACAUUUUAAUUACAAAUAAGACAUAAAAUUAAUCAUUUUCCAGAAAAAGUGACAUUAAAUUAAUGAAUGUCUCCCAAAUGUGCAGGCAGUCAAAGUUGAACCACUGAUUUUAUUUCCAAGAAGCAGCUACCCCUUCCCACCCGCUAGGAACGUUCUCGAAUCACACCCAAAACCCCAUUUCUCUUUUCCGCCUCCAAAUUCCAAGAGUUUUAUAGGUUUCCGCAUUCAAUUAGUGCCCCCAAUUUUCUAGAUAUCGUCGGCGAUCUCUUCAUUCAUUUGAUCCGUACUCGAAUUGCGAACAAUGGAGGGAGGCGCAGCGGUAUCGGCGGAGAAGUCGGCGGAAUCAGCUUCCUACACUUAUUGGGUCCGAGAGGCGAGCCGCGACGCCGCGCCGCUGCCCGCGCCCAAGAAGAUUGACCCGGCGGAUGUCUGCAAUCAGCCCACCCAAUCUCAUCUCGGCUCCGCCUGGAAUCGGGCUGGAACGUGGGAGGAAAAGAAUUUGAAUAAAUGGGCAACUGAGAGAAUCAAGGAGUUGCUUCUCUCUAUGGGUUCACUAGAGUUCUCUGGGGGCAAGGCCGAAAUAACAGAAGUGACAAGAUGCUCAGGAGAUGCAUUCUUGGUUACUGUUAGAAACAAGAAAAGGGUUGGCUAUACUUAUGAGUUAUCAUUAAUAGUAAAAGGAGAAUGGGAAAUUGGAGGGGAGACAAAGAAGAUGAAAGGCCACAUAGAUGUUGUCGAGUUCUCCUUUGGUGAACUGGACGACUUGGAGAUUCAAGUAAAGCUCAGUGAAGACAAAGACGUUCAGCCACAAGUUAAGCAGCAGAUUAUUCAAGAUCUCAAGUUAUUUUUGCAGCCUCUUCGCAAGCAUUUGCUUCGAUUCGAGGAGGAACUCAAAGCUAGAUAGGAAUGAUGCUUUGCUCCCAUUGCUUGCUAUAUAUGGUGGUUGAUAAUCCACCAUUUAAUUUUAAAUGUACUCAAAUGUAACAGUAGCUUCCAUGAUUGUAGUUCAUGAGACCAAUGUCUUUUAAAUCCAUAUAAUUUGACAAUGGAGCUUGAGAUUAUUGUAACUUGUGCCGCUAUUUCUACACUUUCUAUUGAAAUCUUGAAUAACAGAAGUUAGCCUAUUGCAGAUUGAA